GUCCCCAUGGAUCAAAAUUUACAAGUGAUGCUGUUUGGACUCGUAAUGCUGCUCUGCAGCUCUGCUGAAGGCAGCAUUCUGUACAGGGUCCAGGAGGAGCAGCCUCCCAACACUCUUAUUGGUAGUCUGGCUGCAGAUCAGGGGCUGCCAGAUUCAGGCCAUCUGUACAAGCUGGAGGUCGGUGCCCCUUAUCUACGUGUCGAUGGAAAGACUGGAGAUAUUUUCACCACUGAGAUCCCCAUCGAUAGAGAGACGUUGAAAGACUGUCGGUCGCUUGUCAGGGGUAAGCCCUGCUACCUGGAAUUUGAAGUAUCCGUAACAGAUCUGAUACAGAAUCAAAGCCCGAGACUCAUUGAAGGACGCAUUGAGGUGCAGGACAUCAAUGACAACACCCCUCAAUUCCCUUCUUCGGUGCUGACCAUAUCCGUCCCUGAGAACACAAUCAUGGGAGCGCUGUUUGCCAUACCUAUUGCAACUGACAGGGACUCAGAUAGGAACGGGGUGAGUGAUUAUGCCCUGACAGCGGGACAAGAUGCAGCAACACUCUUUGGUUUACAAGUGGCCGAUGACAGGGGUGGCAAGCUACCGCAACUUAUUGUUCUGGGCAACUUAGAUCGCGAGGUAAAGGAUUCUUAUGACCUCACCAUCAAGGCAGUGGAUGGAGGAAACCCGCAGCGCUACAGCAGUGCUUUGCUGCGAGUAGUCGUCACCGAUGUCAAUGACAAUUCACCAAAGUUUGAAAAGUUAACGUAUGAGGCAGAAGUCUUGGAGAAUAGUCCAGUAGGACAUUCUGUGCUGCAGGUCAAAGCAAAUGACUCUGACAUGGGCCCCAAUGGAGAAAUUGAAUACACACUUCAUCAAGCAGGAGACCCUGUGCCAAAACUCUUACGAAUUGAUCGGUCCACUGGUAUCAUCUAUGUCAAAGGACCGCUGGACCGAGAGGAGAUUGACAGCUUGUCCUUCUAUGUGGUGGCAAGGGAUAAGGGUCCACAGCCAAAGAGCUCAAAGACCUUUGUCACCAUUGAGGUGACUGACCAGAAUGACAAUCCACCAGCUGUGGAGAUACGUGGGAUUGGUCUUGUGACACACAGUGAAGGAAUCGCUAACAUUUCAGAAGACAUGCCGGUGGGAACAGCUGUUGCUUUGGUCCAAGUCUCUGACAAGGAUGAGGGAGAGAAUGCCGUGGUCACGUGUGUGGUUGCAGGGGAUGUGCCCUUCCAGCUUCGUUCUAUCAGUGACUCAUCCAGUGACAGCAAAAGGAAAUAUUUCCUGCAAACCACCACUCCCCUCGACUAUGAAAGGGUGAAGGAUUAUCGAGUGGAGAUAGUGGCUGUAGAUUCUGGAAAUCCAGCGCUCUCCGGUACCAACUCAUUGAAAGUACAGGUAACUGAUGUGAACGAUAACUCUCCAAUAUUCUCCCCAACGUUGUUUGAGGUAGAGUUUGCUGAAGAGAACCAAGCUGGAGAAAAAGUUUUGGAUGUGAUCGCUUCAGAUGCAGACAGCGGCACAAAUGCAGAUCUUAUUUAUAACAUUGUGGCAGACACAUCCAUCAAGGGUCUCUUUGAGAUAGAUCCAAAUACCGGGGAAGUCAGAGCCCGGAACCCGCUUGAUCGUGAGCACAAAGAACACUAUGAGUUUAGGGUCACCGCAGCUGAUAAAGGCUCACCUGUCCAUAAAGGAACCGCAAAUGUUGUAAUCAAAGUCCUCGACCGCAAUGACAAUGACCCCAAAUUCAUGCUGAGUGGCUACAGUUUCUCAGUUUUAGAAAACAUGCCUCCCCUCAGCCCAGUUGGCAUGGUAACAGUCAUGGAUGUUGACAAAGGUGAAAAUGCUCACGUUCACCUAUCUGUGGAGUCAGAUGGAGGAAAAUUUGUUGUUCAAAAUGGAACCGGCACCAUUCUAUCAAGCAUAUCUUUUGAUAGAGAAAAAGAGAGCAGCUACACUUUCCGUCUAAAAGCUGUGGAUGGAGGACAACCACCUCGCUCUUCUUAUGUGGGUGUAACCAUCAAUGUACUGGAUGAAAACGACAAUGACCCCGUUGUUACAAAGCCCUCCAAUUCUUCCUUCAGACUUUUGUCACCCCUUGCUUCCCCCGAUAGCCAUGUGGAGAUGGUGGAAGCUGAAGAUUUGGACAGUGGGCUCAAUGCAGAGAUGGUUUUCAGCAUUGCGGGCGGUAACCCUCACCAGUUAUUUCGUAUCUCUCAAUCCAGUGGAGAGAUUACGCUAGCAAAGGAAAUGGUCCCAAAAUAUGGCGGACUACAUCGCUUGGUGGUUAAAGUGAGUGAUAGAGGGAAGCCAGCACGUCAUGCCACUGCCUUGGUCCAUAUUUAUGUCAAUGAAACCAUUUCAAAUGUCAGUUUAGUUGAAGCUCUGGUUGGACACAGUCUUUACACCCCGCUAGACCGGGAUAUCGCCGGUGAUCCUGACAACGGCUUUGCUGCACAACGGAGCAACAUUUUGUUCGGAAGCCUCGCUGGAAUAGCAGGCGUCGUUAUGCUCAUCUUGGUGGUAGUUUUUAUACGACACCGCAUUCAAAGAGAAACAAAGAGUGGAUAUCAACCCGGCAAGAAAGAAACAAAGGACUUAUAUGCACCCAAACAGGCACCAAAAAAUGCCAAAGGGAAGCGAGGUAGGCGAGGAAAACCUCCAAAAUCUCCCAAACCACUUGGGGAAGAAGAGGAGGUCGGCCUCCAAAAAAGCCUCAAGUUCAACCUUGAUGCAGUCAAUGAUAGCCCAAGGAUACAUCUGCCCCUGACUUACUCACCAGAAAGCCCUGAUAUAGGUCGGCACUACCGCUCCAACUCCCCGUUGCCCUCCAUUCAGCUGCAAGCACAAUCUCCCUCAGGCUCGCAAAAACAUCAGGCAGUCCAGGACCUUCCGGCUACCAAUACCUUUGUAGGGACCGGAGGAGAUGACAACUCUACUGGGUCAGACCAAUACUCUGAUUACAGCUACAAGACCAGUCAACCCAAGUACAACAAACAGCAUCCCCAUCGGAGAGUGACCUUCUCCACCGCCAACCCUGUCCAGGACCUGCAGGAUGCCUCCCAGCACAGUUACUAUGACAGCGGCUUAGAAGAAUCAGAGACACCCAGCAGCAAGUCAUCUUCUGGCCCUCGCAUCGGACCCUUGACCCUGCCUGAAGAUCACUUUGAGCGAACCACUCCAGAUGGCAGCAUUGGCGAGAGCGAACACCCUGAAAACGACAUUCGCUCACUGCCUGAUGUGGCAAUGACCGGAAACUGUACAACUGAGUGCAGUGAAUUGGGCCAUUCAGAUGCGUGUUGGAUGCCCGGGCAUCCCUCUCCCGUACGCAGGACCAGGAACCCCCCGAAACUCUCCACCUUUGUGCCUUACCAGGAAAGAGGGAGUCUGGGACGCCUGGCAAAUGGCAGCGCCAUUCUGGGUGGCGAAGAGCACCGGUCACGCCUUCCACCCUCUCGCAGUGCCUAUACUAGCAGCGGUCACGAUGCCAGUCAGGACUGCCCCUUGGAGGAGAUGCCGCUCAGUGUAACAUCUGAGUUCCCACCCACCUCGCCACCUGCCCACACUCCAAAAAGAGAAAUCUAUCUGUGAAUAUUGGCCGGUGCACAAAUGAAGAAAAGAUCAACCAUGGCAGUGGAACAAAUACGGCUGCCCACCUACCAAUGCCAAUGCCCAGUUGAAAUUAACACGAGACAGUCAUGCAUUCUAUUAGCGGCGUGAUCACUCGGGUCAUUUGCCAUCUUCACCUUUUAAUUUAUUAGCAUAUUUAUUACAAAUUCCACAAGGUUAAUUGAUAUGCGCUAUAAUUUAUUUAUUCAUGAAGUUCAAAACAAGUCUGGUCAGUACUACUUUUAGUAGUAACAAAUAAUUGUUGUAGUUAGCCAAGUCCAACGGUGUCUGCAGUGAUCUUUUGAAUUUGAAACUUGUGAACAGUGCUUUUGUGCCAUUGGUAGAUAUGGAUAGAGCCAAUAAGGCCAUUCAGACAACAUUAUUCUUUUGACUACCAAUCAAAUGAAAUGUUCUCUUGUUGUACAGUGCUGUAAAUACAUUUUGAACAGUGUGCUAUACGUAUAAUUUUGUCUGGCAGAAGCUGAUAAAAAAAAAGUAAUUUGGCUCAGAAUUUCGGCGUAGUGAAGGCUUUCUUUGCUGCUGCUGUUUAAAACUUGAUUGAAAACAUAUCUGGGAAAGAAGCUCAAUUUUGUGGAAAGCAUUUAUCCGCGCCAUAUAAUCACAAACACCUUCAACCCCUAAUCAUAGCAAAAUGGCCUUUACCUCUGCUCCCUGCCAAGUUUCACCGUGGGUGGAGAAAGCUCUGCAGUAACAUUUCAACAAGCAUUAUGUUCCAUUGACUCUCAGCACUGUGACCUAUAGUUUAUCAUCAAAACGCUUGACUUGGCCAUAGUCCCCCGGAGUCACAUGGACCAAACGACAAAUUGGGACUGUUUUUUUUUUUUUUUUUUUUGCCUCAACUCCUUGUGACUCACUCACAAUAUACCAGUGUGUCAUUUUUCUCUUCUGUUUUCAAGCUCUCCUCUAUCCAGACAAUCGACUUACUAGAGCUUUCCCUUCACAAGGUAUGAUGACGCCUCUCGAAUUAAUGAAUAUGUAAUGUGCUAGAAAAAACAAAAACAAAAAAAAAACCACUUAUAGAUCUUAAGUGGGAAAUUGGAGUUCAUACCGCACUUAAUGUAGUCCUCUUCAUUCUAAGCACUGUUCUUGUUUUUUUUCAAAGCAUCCCAUUUUAUCACUCACUGUUUUAAGAGGUAAAUUCAGUGCCCUGUGUAUCUACUUAUUGGAGAAAGGUGCAUGGUCCUUGAAAAGCAUCGUGCAGGUAAAUCAUCAUUAACGUAAUGUAAACAGACUUGUAUUCAAGCCAGCGUUCUCAAUACAUCAAUGAUUCCCCCCCCCUCCCUUUGGCUCCAAAAAUGUAGGGAUUUGUUUCCCCUAAUGGAAAUUUUCCAAGUCAACCUGAAGGAUAUGCCUGAAGGACACUUUGUAUUAGUCAGUAAUUGGAAGCUAGUAAUGACUACAUUAGCCCGUCUUGCAAUAUGGUACAGUGCCAGGCGAUGUCUUUGAUUCAAACAUUGAUUUGAUUAGACUUGUAGAUACCUUUCACCUCUGCAGCAAAAUUUCCACGGUGAGAUUGUCUCUAAGUAAAGAAGAAAGAUCCCCGAAUAGACCCAUCCUAAUGAGGGAAAGUAAUGAGUCCUGAGCUGUGGCGUGUGUGUGUGUGUGUGUGUGUGUGUGUGUGUGUGUGUGUGUGUGUGUGUGUGUGUGUGAAGCACCUCCCCAGGACAAGGCGCCUACCAAAUAAUGCACAUCUACCCGCCAGCACUACAAUCAGUUAAAAGGAUCAGCACUUACCUCAUCACGCCGCCAUUGAAAACUGCAUUUAGAGUAAUUGAACUGAAUACAUAUGGAAAUUACUGGACAUGGCCAUGAUUAAAUAAUGUGGGCGAUUAUCCUGCCUUGAGGGGGAGAAAAAGCGCAUUAUGCUAUUUUCAAAGCCAUUUAGUGACUGAAAUAAAAUUCAAAACAACAGCCAUGAUGCACUGUGAUUAAAGCCCCACGAGUAGCCGCUUCAUGGCCCGGAAGCAGCGGGUGCGAUCACUGACCUGGAAUUGACGACAAACUGAAAGACGGCAAGGAGUGAUAAAGCCAAUGCUACAUCGCCUCAGUCACAACUUUUAUCCGUUUAGGUCUUCUUGACUCAUGUAUUUCGGACCUGCAACUGCUUUGCAUCUAUCCUUUUUAUCUCCAGGGAUUAAUCCACACCUGAUACCAGCUUAAGUAGACGCUUAUCUGAAAUGUAUCUCCUCCUCGAUCGGCAGAUUGGGGCAGGGAUGAUAGCCGGUGUACUGUGUUCGCCACAAAAUAAUGCUUCUGUUUUUAUUCAGAUCCUCAAAUUGAUACCAACACAAUCAAAGAGAAUUUACCCACGUUACCUUUUGAUUUGACGUCUUACUAAAUGACCCCUCUGAAAUAGAGAGAGGAUGACACUGAUCAAAAUAAAGGACGUCACAAAGCACUGAAAUAGAUUUAAAGUAUGUUGAAUAAUGUUUAAUUUGUACUUUGCAUUGAUUUAAUGUUGAAUUCACUUGAGUAUAUUUUGCCUCUCUGUAGUCUGUAUUGUAAAGUGAUCAUUUCUGUGGACAGCUGGACAAAUUACUGCGCUGAAAUUGGCAAGCGGUUUUGUUUUUGUGUCAGUCAAAGACUCUUAGCAAAGCGGUUGUGUGAAUUUUUUUUUUAAAUAUCUGUUGGUGGUGUUAGUGUACAUAGACCUCCACAACUCUCCGUCUGCUCGCAAAGCAGGCUGGGAUUUCGCAUGAAUUCCAAAGAUAAUUGGUAGAAACUGUUUACUAUUUCUUUUCUUUCAGUUUCUGAAAUGUCAGUGCUGGUUUAUAUUAAAAAAGGCCCCAGAAAUUUAACUGCGCACAUAUUUUCAUCCUUUUCACCGCCCAUGGAAAACAAAGACGAUUGCCUUGAGAAUAUGUCUUUGCAAGAGAGAAUCUAGUUGUUAUCCUAAUUAUUGGUAUAUUUAUAUGGGAAAAAAUGCUUGUGAUGCCAUGUUUUUGUACAGUUUUAUGUACAUACAGUGACGCUUUCUAAAAUUUCAGAGAAAAGCCGAUGGCACAUAAAAAUUGUAACUUGUUUUAUUGAGCUGUGCACAUCUUUGCCUUGGUUGGAUUGACCUUUGCUGAGUCGGUGUGAAUGUGGCCGUUCUAUGCCUGCACUGUAGUCAUUCACUGGCUCUCACCUCCUGAAGACUUAAUCGAGUUAUGUUUGUUGUGAACAGUGGAUUGUCUUAUCUUACCAGUUUGUUCAACUCCUGUGUUCAACUUUGUUCUGUUUUAGCAUGUUGACAACUUCUCUUGUAAUACUGUCCUCAUGAACUUUGUAAUAA